AUGGAACCAAUUCUAUGUCCAGCUGGAACCUUUUCCAACGUGCGGGGUUUAACAGCUGUCAAUGAAUGCCAAGCUUGCCCUGCAGGUUUCUACUGUGUGGUGGCAGGCCUAGUCAUGCCCAGUGGUCCAUGCCAUGCAGGGUACUACUGCCCACCUGGCCAGCAGCUAAGUACAGCUUAUAUCUGCCCGACUGGACAUUACUGCCCAGAGAAGAGUCCAAAGCCACUCAUCUGUGCGUCAGGAUCUUAUCAACCACUACAGGCUCAGGCUUCAUGCACACCGUGUGAUGCAGGUUACUACUGUGACAACAGGCAAGGCCCAGUCAGUGAUAUCACCUUGUACCCAUGCCCUCGGGGAUACUUUUGUUUAGCAGGAACUCAGUUUGCCACCCAAUUUGGAUGUCCUCUGGGGACGUUCAGUCCUCAGAAAGGGUUGCAGGAUUCAAGUGGCUGCCUCCCCUGUGCUGCCGGAAUGUUCUGCUCAGAAGUGGGUCUAGCGGCACCUACAGGUGAGGAGGAUUUUGAGUCCUAG